CUAGUACUAUACAGUAGUACUGCCUCACCACUAGACACACGCAGUCCAAUCGGUAAAGUGGGAGCAAUGGAACAACCGCAACACGUCAAUUCGCCAUCCCACAUGCCGACAUGGCACGAGAACAAAAGCGAAAAGGCGACCGCUAUGCCUUCUCGGCCUCAAUUCUCAUCGUCGUCAAAGUGUCUUGAACCACUUGACGCAGACAGAAUGGAUCUGCGAUACAUCUUUGCCAACAGACUUAUGCCUGUCGCUUUUGCCCUGCCAUGGGUUGCGAGCAUGGUCAUAUCCUGUAUCCCAUUCACCAGGAUCAGUUUAAUUGACGCCCCAGACUUUCUUAUUUUGGCUGCGCUUAUCAGCAUCAUCGAAGUCCUUAGCAUCGUCGCAGUCUUUAUCUACGCUUCCCUCCGCUCCGACGACGACACAAACAGCACCUUUAAAGAGAAAUGUCUCCGGGUUUGGUUCUGGUUUCUGUUUAUCAGCCCUUUCGUCACUGGUACCAUGGUUGUUCUCAUGGCUAGCGACAUUUCGUGCGACCCAGAGGAUGAUCUGGACAUGCACCAGCCAAUCUGCCAGGUUGGCAUCCGUCUCAUUAAAGCCACAGCAUUAUGCCGAGCUGGAAUAAUCGCAUCAUUCCUUUUCGCGACAUCAUCAUGGCUUGAGCGCCGUCCCAGACAGCCCACCAACUACUACUAUGACCCUCUUGAGGAAGAACCCUGAUUUUGGGAAUCCCUACACACGGACAUCAAUGUCGUCAUGACUUUUUCGCUUUGUAUAACGAAUAACUACAUAUUUACACGAUACCCCAGGAACAGAAAAACAUAAAUGCAUACAUAAAAACUCACUUGCCACGGCCCGAUCAAAGUCUAAUGCAGUAGUGGUUAGCCCUUUUGAGCAAGCCGAAAGCCAUCGGCAAACACCAACCGGGAAGUUUACGUUUUUGAUGACGCACAUUUAGGCUCAAUAUUAUCCGAAAUAUCCGGUUAGUUUUGUCUAGUUUGUCUCUAUGAUGUACAGUGACUUGUUUGCAUCAU